UCGUUCAAUAGUUCCCGCAUUUCGCUUUGAGUGCGAUAUUCACAUCGGUCGCCAUUUGCGCCAGUCGCCACGAACGCGGACUGAUAAGGUGUGUGUGAAAACUAUAAUUUUAGGUUACAAUAAGUGGCAAAAUUUUAGUUAAUUGUGCAACAAAAACGCAAUAAUUCAGUGGGAUCACAUCGUUUUACUAUAACAAUCGAGUAGCACCGAGGACAUCGUAUUUCCCCUGGGAGAGUCAUGAACAUAACAGAACACAGCAAACUUAUGAAACCAGUGCCUAUUACGUGUUAGAACUUAGAACGUUGAUACAGAUUUUUUUGUGAAGUUGAGUGUUUAUGAUUUGAUAGUCUAUGGUUAGUUUUAAAUUGUAAGUGUUGCCAGCAUGAAAAUACCAGAGACACCGGCUAACGUUGGAGCUUAUUACGGAAAUGAAGAGAAUGGCCAGUGGCAGCCUAACGGCGUGAUCCUCGACAGCGGCAUAGGCAGCGGCGACGCGGGAGUGCACAGAACUCCGGUAUACCCCGUACACAUACCCCGAGGACACAUACCCAGCUACGUGAUGGCGGGCGCGUACUACCCCCCCGCGUACCCCGCCGGCCCCCCGCCGCAGGACGACUUCGCCGACUACAUGUGGAUGGAGAACGAGGAUGAGUUUGAUAAACAGGUGAUGCAGCAGCUAGAGGAGGAGGCUCUGAUGGAGCAGUGCAUCGAGGCGAUGCUGGAGGACGAGCAGCGGGAGCGCCAGCGGCCCACGGCCAACGGACACAACCACUACCCCACGAGCAGUAACGGUGGCACGUCGAUAUCGCUGGAGGAGGCGGUGUCGCGGUCGACGCUCAACCCUCUCGCCGCGGAGUUCGUGCCCAGCUUCGGCGCCCGACAAACGGUCACAGAAGAGAAAACAGAACCAGCGGAAACAAAAACAGAAGGAACAGAGAGUAAAGAAGAGAGUCAUACACAGAGCGAAACAGCAGCGAGCUUAGAGAAUAAGGAGCAGAGUAGAACAGAAGAGCCCAUCCCCGCAUCAACAGAUCCACCCGAAGUGUCCGCAGCGGACGUCCAGCCGAUAGACGACAAGAAGGUCGCCAAGAAGGACGCGAAGAAGCAGGAGGCGAAGAAACCCGUGAAACCCGAGGCCAAGGCGAAGACGAAAGCCGUGGUCGCACGCGUGGAGACCAAGCCGCAGAAGAAGAAGGAGGUUAAAGCCAAGAGUGAGACGGAGGAGGAGGUCGCGCCAGCGGAAGAUACGACGGCGUCUCCCGUAGAAGAGUCUACGCCGGCAUUCAAGCCAAUUAACUACGCGGCGGCGGCGAAGGCCAACAAACCCAAAAAGCCGACAACGCCCCCCGCCACAGACAAGACCGCCCCGCCCCCCAAACUAGACGUCAAACCCAAGGCCGAAAAGACAGACAAGAAACCCCUGCCCAAGGACAAAGUGAAAACCGACAAGCCGCCCGCGCCACAGAGGAAAAACUCCGCGAAAUGAACCCCUGAGUGAGUUGAAUGUACAAAAUAUUCGAUACUGGCGCCACGUACACGGUUGUUUUUUUUUGCACUAGCGAUCACGGCCACGCCAGUAUGGUUAAAUUUUAGUUUUUUUGAUAGAGAAUAUUGUGAUACCCUAAGCAUUUUCUUUCUUCGAAAUUAAAAAAGUAAAAAAAAAAUAUGCUCCUAUUAAUAUAAGAAUAUAAAAAAUUAUUAUCAUAAGUUUUUAUUGAAUAAUGCGGUGUUCAAGAUGUGUAUCACGAGUGAAGUGUACAGCUAGGCUCCAAACAGCACAAACAAUAUAAUAUCACCAGUAAAUUUUAAGACCAUAAACCAUGAUUUUGGAAUGGUAGUGCAAAAUGUGCUCGUAGACAUUUAGAUAAUAAUGUAUGUUUAUCAAUGAUUUAUUUUAUAUUUUUAAAUAUUUUUGUGACUUUGUGUUAUAACAUCCGUUCCAAUCUAAUUUAGUCUAUAAGUAAAUAAUAGCCUGUUAUGCUACGAAUAUAAGGUGCAGUGUAAUAUCCAUUGACACUUUUGUCAAAUUGUUUACAUUUAUAUUAAAUUAGAUUAGAUUGGAAUAGAGAUUACAAAGUGAUUUUUUUAAUAUCUUAAAAUUAUUGUGGCUACAGUGUGGGACCACAAAACGCCUUUGUCGUUAAACAAAAUCACAUUCUAUGCAUAAGCCUACCGGCUGUGGAGCCCCAUGUUUAACUGUUCUUCGUCUAUCCAGUCUUUUACCUAGUCGUGAAGUUUUGGUGUAAAUAUUUUUUAAAGAUUACGUCGAGUCUCCUUAUAAUUUGGCGUCCUACGACUGCAUGUUUCAUAAGCUUGUAUGUGAUUUACAAAUGUAGGUUUUCCUCCAAAAGUAUAUUGCUUCAAUUGCGACACUAACGGGCAACACGGGCCACUGGCCACAACCACAAAACGCCGCCACAGGCAUAUUUCAUAACUUUUUUUCUGCACUUUCCGCACAUGCCGGUGGCCGCAACACCUUGUAUGAAAACUUCAGGAAAUAUUCAUGUGGGGGCGUUUUGUGGUUGCGGCCGGUAAUCCGUGUGCAGCGACCCUGAAAUCUUGAAGGCUGCACUAUUAAAUAUGUAGAUGUAAGGCUGUCCACUAACCAUAUAGAGUAAAUUGUGGCUAUGCAUAUAGCACAUAGUAUGUAUAGGCGAGUAUAGUAUACAAAGUGGCUACUGAAACAGGCACGGCUCCAGCGGGACUGGACUGGCUGCAAAUAAAAUACGAGUUUAGCGACAA